UCUUUCGCGUCGGUCACUUGAUCAUUGAUUACAUAUAGCAAAAAAUUAGUAGGUGGUCCCUGCAAUAUGUCCUUGCCAUGGCCGGGUCCAGUUUAGAGCAGGACAUUGAUAUCAAAAUAGAAAAUGAUGUGGAUGUUCCGAGUAAAGAAGAUUCCACUGACAUGAAAAUGCAUGAGGUUUAUGUAUCAUCAGCAUUUUCUACAAAGGAGGCCGAAUCUAAGCAGGAAAUUGAUAUGAUCGAAGUAGAAAAUAAUGUGGAUGUUCUGAGUGAAGAAGAUCCCAUUGGUUUCAAAACUGACGAGGUUUGCAUUCCAUCAACAUUUUCUGUAAAGAAUGCCAAACCCAAGAACUGCACGGAUUCACCGAAAGAUGUACCUGGUUCAGAUAGUGAGACAUGUCAUGACGGAUAUCAGGUUGUCUGUGUAAAGACAGAGGAUGUCACAGAUAUAGAAGAGGAAGAGUACCCUGUGCUAAUAGAAUGUCCAGUAAUAAAGGCUGAACCUGAGAGUCCUGUGAAUGAACAACAGCUUAAACAUGAGGGGCGUUUAUUUUCCUGUAAUGUGUGCAACAAAUCAUUCAGUCUGAGUAGUGGUCUGAAGAGACAUCAACGCAUACACAGUGGUGAGCGGCCUUACUUCUGUGAUGUGUGCAAUAAAUCAUUCAGUGAAAGGGAACACCUGAAAACACAUCUGCGCAUACAUAGUGGGGAGCGGUCUUAUUCCUGUGGUGUGUGCAACAAAUCAUUCAGUCUGAGUAGUGGUCUGAAGAGACAUCAACGCAUACACAGUGGUGAGCGGCCUUACUUCUGUGAUGUGUGCAAUAAAUCAUUCAGUGAAGGGGGACACCUGAAAACACAUCUACGCAUACAUAGUGGAGAUCGUCCAUUUGCAUGUGAUGCGUGUAAUAAAUCAUUCAGUCAGAAGGGUCAUUUGAAGGAACAUCAACGCAUACAUAGUGAAGAAGGCCCCUAUGUCUGUGAAGUGUGUAAUAAAUCAUUUGGGCUGACAAGUGUUCUGAAGAGACAUCAACACAUACAUAGUGAAGAAGGCCCCUAUGUCUGUGAAGUGUGUAAUAAAUCAUUUGGGCGGAGGAGUGUUCUGAAGAGACAUCAACACAUACAUAGUGAAGAAGGCCCCUAUGUCUGUGAAGUGUGUAAUAAAUCAUUUGGGCGGAGGGGUGAUCUGAAGAGACAUCAACACAUACACAGUGGAGAGCGUCCUUAUACCUGUGAUGUGUGCAAUAAAUCAUUCAGUGAAGGGGGACACCUGAAAACACAUCUGCGCAUACAUACUGGGGAGCGGCCUUAUUCCUGUGAUUUGUGUAGUAAGUCAUUCAAUAGAAAGGAGGACCUGAAGAUACAUCAGCGCAUACACAGUGUACAGCGUCCAUAUUCCUGUGGUGUGUGUAAUAAAUCAUUCAGUACAAAGAGUGUUCUGAAAACACAUCAGCGCACACACAGUGGAGAGCGUCCGUAUUCCUGUGAUGUGUGUAAUAAAUCAUUCAGUCAAAUGGGUGGUCUGAAGGAACAUCAACGCAUACAUACAGGAGAAUGUCCAUAUUCGUGUGAUGUGUGUAAUAAAUCAUUUAGUCGGAGUGGUCAUCUGAAGAGACAUCAACACAUACAUAGUGGUGAGCGGCCAUAUGCUUGUGACAUGUGCAAUAGGUCAUUCAGUAGGAAGGAGGACCUGAAAACACAUCAGCGUAUACACAGUGGUGAGCGUCCGUAUUCCUGUGGAGUGUGUAAUAAGUCAUUUGGGCGGAGGAGUUAUCUGAAGAAACAUCAAAACAUGCAUGGUGAGGAGCUCCCAAAUCCUGUGAUAUAAUUAAUAAUUCAAUUGGAGUAGUUGUCCGAAGAGACGUUAAAGCAUCAUGAUCUGAAUAAUCAUCGGUGAUGUAUAGUAUGUGGUGUGAAUGGAGAAAUGUGUUGCAGCAAAGAAGAAAGGUUUGGUUAAAAAACUAGUGAAACUGAAGUGCUUUAAGGAUUCCAGCAAAACUUACAUUAGUUUUUAUGAACACACUUGUGUAAAAAUAGAUUUCUUGAGUUUAGAUGAUUUUUUUACAGAAAAAGUAUUUUAUAUUUUGAAUUUUAGAAGUAGAUAAUUAUUGAUCAUUCAGUCACUUCGGUUAUGGCCGAGACUCAUUUGUUUGUUUGGUUAAUGGCUGAUCAGUAUGUUGUGUUAUAAAAGGCUUCACCAUUUCAGUCUCCCGAGUUAUGUGUAGAAAGAAGGAAUUAGAAGUGUGUGAAGCAUCUCGUGUCUGACCAGCCACUGACCAAAAAUAAGAGAUUUUUGAGCCUGCAUCCAGUGAACAGGUUCUUAUUCAACAUUGUUCUUUCUUUACAUUAAUGAAUCAACAAAAUUAAAUAAGUCAUAAUCACUCUUCAUUAUGUUUUGAUCACUUGUGUUAAUUCUAUUCAGAUUUGCAGAGCUAUUCAGUUUCACAAUUUAUUCUAAAGAAUUAAAUUUUGUGUGACGUCCACUGUGUAUAUAUUGGUGUGGUCAUAACUCCUGUCUAAAAAAAUUCUAUGGGAAGACUGACCACCUCGCCUUUUUCGUCUUCACUCUCCUUUUACCUUAUUAUGAGGAAGACUGUGGCAGUGAAGUUGUUUCUGGUUUGUAGGAAAUAUCACUUCAUGAGAUUAAAGUAAAAUGUGCUGAAAUCUCAUCAAUUGUGUUGCACGAAGAUAAUUCGUAUCAUGAAAUAGAAUUGUUCAUCUAGCAAUAUAAGUUGUAGUCAGAAAUACUAACAUUUCAUACUUAACAUUUCUGUUACUGAUUUGUACAGAUCUACUGUUACACCAAACCUUUCACUGCCCACUGACAAAGAUACUGGGUUUGUCGCUAUCAAAGAUUUCAGUUGUAAGCUACAGAGACUUAACUCUGAUGAACAUGAAACCUGAAGGAUCGUUGAAAGUCUUGAAACGUACACGAAGGAUUAGAAUGUAAUGCACAGUACAUGAUCAUUUUUGCUGUCCAUAAUUAUUAUCUGUUUUUUGUUAUAAGGAAUCCAGAGAUUAGCUUUCAUAACAGGAAUUCUGUAGUUUUCCUAGUCCCCCCCAGGUAGAUGCUGAGACAGUACCAUAAACAGGGCCAUGACUGCGUCCGUCCAUAUCUUACACUAAUUCACUAUUCACUGUCAUUCUACAGAUCAGUAUGGUAUAUGUACGACUGAAUGUGUCCUUGAAUAAAAUGCAAUAAUGAAAUAAAAAUAAAUGUCAAAUGCAAAAUAUCCUAAAAAGAUAUCCACACAGCAGCAACUUUGGAGGCUGCUCGUCAGUCAAUUGCUCACCACUGAACUGUACCACAAAGCUAAUGGCGGUCAUUUUUAACACCCACACUAGAUUUUGUGAUUUACCGAGUGUACUGCUAACAAAUGUAAUGGUUUAGUUUAUUAAAUGUUUUUAUUUAAUUCA